CUGAAUCAGGUAGAGCCGAUUUGAUUUGCAGGUCUAAUUGUUGCGGGAAUCCUCACUCGGCCCAAUUGCCUUUGCUUCUGGAGUGCUCCCUUCUCACGCGGUCUGCGAUUCUCUGCGCGCUUCCCCGCUCCGAUCUCCCAACCCAAUGGCGACCAACACGGAGAAGCCGACUCUCGACAAUCUUCCCGAAGAUAACCCUAAGAAAACCCUAGAUCUCGCUCAACCCCCUUCCACCACACCUGACCCCGAUCCUUCUCAAGAUUCGACCAAUGCGUCUUCUAUAACCCCUCCUUCGUCUCUUCAACCUCAGCCUUCCACCACCGACGCCUCUCUGAAGGGGGCUGCUGAAUUGAACCCUCCUGUUGCUGAAAAGGAUGCGCCGGUUUCCGAUAUCCAGAAGAAGAUUCGCCGAGCUGAGCGGUUCGGGAUUUCUGUGCAGUUGUCUGAGCAAGAGAAGCGCAAUUCCCGAGCGGAAAGGUUUGGCACUGGGCCCACAUUACAAGCACCAGAGACAUCAAAAUCCGAUGAGUUGAAGAGAAAAGCCAGAGCAGAGAGGUUUGGGAUGCCUUCUCCACCUACGGCUGCUGACGAGGAGGCAAAGAAGAAAGCUAGGCUUGCUAGGUUUGCACCAGUUUGCAAGACUGAUCCCUUGGAGGAAGAUAAAAGGAAGGCAAGAGCACUCAGGUUUUCAAAUCCUCCGUCAAGUUCUUUACCCCAAGUUAAUGGCACGGGAAACAUUGAGACAAAGGCAGCUGUUGCUGGCAAAGCAGGAGGCGGGGCAUGACUGGUAGCUUAUUUCAUUACUAGUUGAAUUAUAUUGUCUAGUUUUUGAAGCUAAAGAUUCCCCUAGUGGCCUUCAUACCGUGUGUACUUGUUGACAUACUAAUCCCUGGAUGCAGCUACUUCUACUUCCUCUAAGACAUUGCCGAGUUUAAGUAACUGAAAAAGAUUUCUUGUGGUGUCAGUUUACUGGGUGACACCAUGGGGUAAUCAACGGAUAUCUUCAAAUUGUUUGCUUAUCUUAAAACCUGCCCAGCUCAGAAUUUUGGAAUCUACAGCCUAGAAAAGUUUUCAUCUUUAUUUGAGCACAUAGAUUAAGCUCUUGCCUUUUGCAUGAAAGAAGCUUCUUUGGUCCCUUCACCCCUCCCCAUCAUUGCUAGGAAGUCAGUAUCCCUUAUAUGCUGCUUGUCAAAUGGCCAUAAUCAUUGUGCUAAAUGGCAAUACCAGGUUGAUUAUGCUAUUGCAGGAUGCAUUGUGAUGCUAGUCUAGAAGUCCACUGAUAUCAAAAUAAGUUUAAGUUGCAUCAUUUGUCCCUUUUUUUUUUGGGGGGGGUGAUAGUGAAGAUGGUAAGCCCAUAAAUAGCAGCGGAUAUGAUGAACUCUUUUCUGCUUAAUUCUUAGAGUUGACAUCAUUUCAUUGUCAAUACUGGUAAUGCUGGUUCUCUUUCAAAAAUGAAUGAAAAGUUUGAUGUUACGUUAAUGAAAGAUAAAAACCUGACAUGAUAUUAAAAAUGGCUAUAUUUUGGCAUUUUUGACAGAUUUCUUUCUCUCUCCUCUUCCCUUGUCCAUUUCUGACUUGAUGUUCACUAGGAAUUGUGAUGUCCUAUGCUAUGGUGCAAUCUCCUAUGGCUUUUUUCUUUUUUUUUUAAAUCUUGUUUGAGAGUAGUGACUAAAGCACAUUUACUUGGUUGUAUAGCGCUAGUAAAGUGGUGUGAUGGACUAUGUUAUGGUGCUUUGAAAAAAGUUCAAUAGCUUUUGGCCUAGAGUUAGUGGUUUACAUCACUGGUUUAGCACAGAUAGUAGUUCAUGGUCCUGACACUGUUUUCUGGCCUUCAUUGGAGAAAAACAAGGUUGAAAAUGAUUAAGCUGAAUUUGACAAAUGAAAACUUGGUAUGGUUAAAUUCUGCGGAUGUUUUCUUCUAGAAUCUGAAAUUGAGGUUAUUUUGAGGCUGUAGAUUCCAAUUUUUUGAUCUUUGCAGCAUUUUGUUACAAGUAAACUCUUUGAAGGUGCCACUUAGUAUUCGCAGUUGCCAACUUUAGAUUUGUACAUUCAGCUAGAUAGGACGGAAGAUUGGGGGUGUCUUAUUCCUUCUUCUGUCGUCAUCUUUUGUAACAUAUUUUUCUAGUUUUUCGUUUGGUAGAAAUUCUGGAAGUAUCUUGUGUCUGGGGGUUAUUUGUGUUGCUAGUUAGCAAUGAUGAAUAAAAGGACCGAGAAUUCUUGUUGGGGAAUCAUAAAUUUUUUGUUCUAA